GUAGGAAGCGUAUGGAGACCUUUAUAUCAAAAGAGCGCGCCGGCUGCAUGACCCUUAUAACUGCGCUGUCUCUGUCUUGUCGGCGUUUUCUUCGUCCUAGCUGCGUGCGCUUUCAGAGCUGCGCCGCAAAGUCGAAGAUGGAGGCCCAUCAAGUUGUGCCGGACGUUAUUGACACAGUCCCACCCGGCGUUGUCCAGGUUAGCUAUGACACGGUGGUGGUUGACAUGGGGAACACUCUCACGCCAACGCAAGUGCAACGCCAACCAAAUGUCUCGUACCCUGCUGAUCCCAACAGACUCUACACGCUGUGCAUGACUGACCCGGAUGCUCCCAGUCGACAGAGUCCCAAAUACCGCGAGUGGCAUCACUGGCUGGUGGUCAACAUUCCUGGCGUGAAUGUACCACAAGGAGAAGUCCUCUCCGAGUAUGUGGGAUCGGGGCCUCCGAAAGGAACAGGACUGCAUCGGUACGUCUUCGUGGUGUACAAGCAGCCCGGCAGGCUGACGUGCGACGAGAAGCGCCUGACCAACCGCUCGGGCGACCACCGCGGCGAGUUCAAGAUCCGGGAGUUUGCCAAGAAGUACCAGCUGGGAGAACCUGUGGCGGCCAAUUUCUACCAGGCCGAGUGGGACGAUUACGUGCCCAAGCUCUAUGAGCAGCUGAGCGGCAACUGAGCUGGCCCCAUGAAUCCCGGCUGGCAUGUUCUCUCUACUGCACACACUGCUCUUCUAUUUGGUUAGCUGCUUUGCUUUGCCUUGUUUAGCCACUUACACUGCAAGCCCAAUCCCUUAUUGUUCUUGAUUUUUUUUUUUUCAUAUGCACUAAAUAAAGACACUAAUAUCCAUGCAA